CCAGCAUGCGAGAUCCAGCCGCCGUUUUAAAGAAGAAUGUUCUUGAAUACAGAACAAGUUGCCCUAAUCGGGCAGGUAUUUGAGUCUUAUGUCCAGGAACACCACAAACAUGACAUUGUCCACAUUCUGCAGGGACCUGACAGCGGAGCUCAUUAUCCCAUUGUGGUGAAUGCAAUGACCCUGUUCGAAAUCAAUAUGGAGAUCGGUGAAUACCUAAAUGCAUUUCCUAAUGAAAUCCUUCCUAUAUUUGACAAUGCACUGAGAAGAGCAUCAAUGACAAUUUUGCAGGCUUAUCCAGAGCCAAAUAAUUUGGUCACAAAACAAAAUCUUCACGCCAGAAUUUCAGGUUUACCGAUUUGUCCUGAACUGACAAGGGAUCAUAUUCCGAAAACGAGAGAUGUGGGUCAUUUCCUUUCAGUCAUGGGGACGGUUAUACGCACUGGGAUGGUGAAGGUACUCGAAUUUGAGCAUGAAUACAUGUGCAACAAGUGCCGACACGUCUUCCCGGUAUAUGCAGACUUUGAACAGUUUUAUACUUUCUGCCGUCCUACAUCCUGUCCCAAUGAAGACGACUGCAACUCGACCAAAUUCACAUGUCUGUCGGGAUCUUCGUCAGCCCCUUCAAGAUGUAAAGAUUACCAAGAAAUAAAAAUUCAGGAACAGGUUCAAAGGCUGACAGUGGGAAGCAUACCUCGAUCUUUAUUAGUUGUACUGGAAGAUGACCUUGUGGACACCUGCAAGUCUGGCGAUGAUGUUACUGUAUAUGGUGUGGUGAUGCAGAGAUGGAAACCUCUCUCUCCUGAUGUCCGUUGUGACCUAGAACUUGUCCUGAAGGCCAAUUACCUAGUGGUCAAUAAUGAACAGCCAACUGGAGUCAUUAUAGAUGAAGAUGUCUGCAGGGAAUUUGAAGAUUUCUGGGCAAAGCACAGAGAUGAUACUUUAGCAGGGAGAAAUGAAAUUUUGGCCAGCAUCUGUCCUCAAGUAUUUGGCAUGUAUCUAGUGAAGCUGGCUGUGGCUAUGGUGUUAGCUGGAGGAGUGCAGAAAAUUGAUGCAUCAGGAACUAAAGUUAGAGGAGAACCCCAUCUAUUACUGGUAGGAGAUCCUGGCACUGGGAAGUCUCAAUUUCUUAAAUAUGCUGUAAAAAUCGUCCCUCGCUCAGUAUUGACGGCUGGAAUUGGAUCCACCAGUGCAGGUUUGACUGUGACUGCUGUGAAGGACUCUGGUGAGUGGAAUCUGGAGGCAGGAGCCUUGGUUCUGGCAGAUGGAGGCUUAUGUUGCAUUGAUGAAUUUAACAGCAUUAAAGAACAUGAUAGAGCCAGCAUCCACGAGGCAAUGGAGCAGCAGACUAUAAGUGUGGCAAAGGCAGGCCUUGUAUGCAAGUUGAACACAAGGACCACUGUACUAGCAGCUACAAAUCCAAAAGGCCAAUAUGACAUUCAUGAAUCUAUUGCUGUGAACACAGCCCUGGCCAGUCCAUUGCUGAGCAGAUUUGACCUUGUGAUAGUACUCUUGGAUACCAAAAACGAAGAGUGGGACAAAGUCAUAGCUUCCUUUAUCCUAGAAAACAAAGCCUGCCCAACCACAAGUGAAAAAUUGUGGAGCAUGGAGAAAAUGAAAACUUACUUCUGUCUCAUCAAGACUUUGCAACCUAGAAUAUCUAGUGAAGCAGAUACAAUCCUAGUAAAAUAUUACCAACUGCAGCGUCAGAGCUGGUUCAGGAAUGCAGCGAGAACCACUAUACGCAUGCUCGAGAGCCUGGUCCGCUUGGCUGAAGCUCACGCCAGACUGAUGUUUCGAGAUACUGUAACCAUUGAAGAUGCCAUCACAGUGGUCUCUGUAAUGGAGUCUUCCAUGCAGGGAGGGGCUCUUCUUGGUGGUGUGAAUGCAUUGCAUACAUCAUUUCCAGAAAACCCAGCAGAGCAGUACAGAAUGCAGUGUGAGCUUCUGCUGGAGAGACUGGGGCUCCACAAUCUUCUCCAGAAAGAACUGGAAAAGCUUGACAGAAUUCAUGGUGAAAAAGAACAGGGGUCACCUUCUGGAAGGAAAAAGUCGAAUGACCAGACCUACCUGUUUCCUGACAAUUCCACUGAUUGUUCAAAGAAUGAGAGGAACAGUGAUUUUCAGGACAUCGAUCAGAGCGACAAUGGUUUGAACUGGUUUGAUGGCUCCCAAAGUGAAUUUGAACCCAAAAUAGGUGAUAUUGCACAGAUUGGAUCUCCUACACCAAAGGAUUCUUAUCUACCCAUAUUGCCUGAAACAAGUAUCUGUCCAGAGACUGUAACAAAUACAGAGGCUGCUGCAACAAACCUGGACCCUUCCAACAGGACUUCAGAACCUGAAAGCUUUUGUGGUCCAAAUAACAUGAGCUCAGCUGGUUCAGCCAUCAAGAUCACGAGAAUUGAUCAAACUGUCUGCACUGAAGGACAGAUAAUUGAUGAAUCGUGUGCUUCUUCAAACACAUUUAAGCCUGUUAUAAAAAUCCACGGAUCAAAAAAGCUACACUCGAGAAGAGUUGUAGAAAGUAUAAAGUUGUUUGGAAACACCCAAAAUUUGAAAGCAAGUCACAUGUCUGAAAGUAAGGAAACCAGUGCAAUUAAUGUGAAUGACUCCUCAUGCACACCAAAUAGUGGCAGCUCAGACCAAGGUCCUUUGCAUAGCACACCUGCUGCAGCCACUCAGUCUGUACCCUUGUUCAGACCAAGAAAUACAAUGCACGAGGCUUGCAUGACUCCCCCAGUCCCUGAAACCAAUGCAAAUUCUAAUCCUCUACUGGCUAAAUUAAAAACAUUUGAAUUCAAACAAAAGCCAAAACUUAGUCAUUCAGUUUCUGGCUCUUUGACACCUCAUAUCAAAGCUGGUGAAGUUGGGGUACUGAAUGCUGAACUGUCCUGGACUUCGGAGCCACAUGUGCAAAGCAGUGAUGCUUCAGAAAAGCAACAGAGAACACUCGCAUGUCCCUCUGAAACUAGGUUCCCUCAUAAGACAACAGGCAAAAGUGUACAUGUUGAAGUCUGUGGUGGAGCUGAGUUGCCAUUAAAAUCUCUGCUUGCUGUGCCAAAGUGUUCUGAUAUUGUACAGGGGCAUGUGGCAAUGGAUGUAGCAAAACAUCCUGUCUGUACAAAACCAAAUGUAGAUCAACAAAACAGACCAAAAUUCAACUAUACAAAUCACGGGGAAGUAUCCUCCAAUACAUUAGCGAAACUUGCCAAAUUCUCCUUUAGUCCACCUCCUGAAAGGGGAACGGAAAAUGUAAUUGAGGAAAAUCGCAACAGUAAGAACGUGAUAGCUAGGAAGCUUAAUAGACUGGAGCAAAAUGUGAAUGCAGAUUCUGCAUCAACAGCUAAGAAAAGGAAGACUUUUAGGUUUGCCCCAACUCACAAUGCAGCAACCAUUGCAAGGAAGUAUCUUUUUUCUACUGAUGAGUUGGAUGAUGAUGAUGGUAUGCUGGAUUUUGACUGGAAUGAAGAAUCGAAGAAAAAACCCAGAGCAUAAUAGAUUUUGAAUAGUGCAUUUGAAUAGUUAUCCUUCAAAAAAAAUGUUUUGAAUUUAAUUGUAACUGAUCCAUUGGAUCCUACAAUCUUAUGACAUUUUUGAAGAAUCAGAAUAAUGAAAACAAAGUAUACAAAUAAGAGAAUAGGGGAAAGAAGAAAAUAGUCUGAACCAUAAAGCAUCAUAUUUGACCUGUGAAAAGACUAUUGUGUAUGAAGCCAAUGCUGUGUACCUAACAGUUGAGGCUAAAGAGGUAACAUGCUGCCUGCGUGUUGUAAAUAUAACAGGAUAUUUUUCAAUCCAGGACAUAAACACUUGUAUUUAGAAAAGAAGGACCAUGUGUUGGAACUGUACAACUCUCCACACAUCCAGGAGAAUAACAGGUGGGUUUCAACCACCAUCAAUUAGACUGGAAACUGCAGGCUGAUGCUGAGGUCAAGAGGGACCAAGUUCUGUUUUUUUGGGGGGGGGGUGGGUUUUGCUUGAUCUCACAUGUCGAUCAAAUUCGAUGUACUUCAACUCGUCUAUUGCUUCAACUGUGUUUGAAGUCAUGAUAAUUGAAAGCAUUUUUUUUUACGUUUGGUGAAAACACAGAAGCCAAGGUAAAUGCACUAAAGGGAAACUUAAAUCUCGCAGUGAAUUAACUCCUUUGAUUAAGUUCCUCUUCAAUCUACUUAAAUAGCCAAACAUGAUUUUCUCCUGUUACUGAUUCACGUCCUCCCAACGUUGAAGGCGCUAUACAAAUGUAAUUUCGUUAUUGUUCUUGUUGGGUAGUACAAUGACACUGAAUUUAAUUCACAAGAUCGGUUCGAGUGAAGAAGGUCCUUGGGACACUUGUUGACAGUAUGCAAUUAUAACAGGAUAUUUUUCGAUCCAGGCCACCAACAUUUGUCUCCAGAAAAGGAAGGAAUGGAAGGAAGAGAUCUCGUCUCAUUCCAGAAUAUUUAUCUUGCUGUUAUCCCAUCAUGGCAUCAAACUGUUUUUUUAUAUAAAUAAGUCCAGUGUCUUGGCCUCAAGCACCUUCCCUUGUAGAGUCCAGUGUCCUGGGCUUGACUAGUGUCUUUCUUAAUAACUAUUUGGGUCAAGCAAUAGAAGGGUAAGUGGAUAGCAUGACUUGAUCUUGCUGUGAAUCCAGGCAGAUUAGACUGUGGGCUCCUGCCCCCUCUUCAUAUGACCACCGCAAAGGUGCAAUACAAACCAAUAAAGGCUUCCUGAAGGAACUAAGGUUGCAGUGACAUUGUUUACCUAGAUUUCUUUACAGGGGUUAAAUUGCCAAUUCAUGUAGCUGAAUAAGCAAAUCCAAAGUGCGUAGAGAAACUGCUGUAAAAUGAUCAGCAUAAUUGAUGAGAAAUAGGCUUGUAUUAAGAAUGACCUUGCCACAAGGAUUUAGUUUUGCAUAUAAUAAUAAUAUACUGGGUGAUAAGUACAUUUUUUUUUAGCCGCACAAUGUAUGAUAUUGAUGUGAGGAGUUUUCAUCUUAUGUUACAAGAAGAAUUUAUUGCAGAAUGUAGUUGUCCUUGGAAGAGCUAAUCGGCAUUACAAUAAGUUACUGUAGAUCCCAUUGUUUUUCAAUC